AUGGGAGACAACAUUGACUCUGGUGCGACUGCAGAGUGUCCCCUGGAGGUUUUGGGAAUGCAGCUGGGCCAACCGCAGGCAGGCAGGAUGUGCUCGCAGCUGCCGUACUGUGAGAGUGCCACGGCUCAGAUGGAGGAGCGCCUGGCCGACUUCCUGCAGGCGUUCUCCCCGGACAGCCUGCCGCCGCUGGCCGACGGGGUCCUCAGCUUCAUCCACCACCAGAUCGCAGAGCUGUCCAGGGACUGCCUGAGCAAAUCUCAGCAGGGCCUCAUCACCACGCUCUACUUCUGUGAACUUCAGCAGAACCUUGAUAGACUGCUGCACGACGCGUAUGAGCGUUCGGAGAGUUCUGAGCUGACCUUCAUCACUGAGCUGGUCAAGAAACUCCUCAUCAUCAUCUCCAGACCCGCUAGACUACUGGAAUGCCUGGAGUUCAACCCAGAAGAGUUCUAUCAGCUGUUGGAGGCCGCGGAGGGCGUGGCCAAACAGGAAGCGGAACUAAUCAAGACGGAUAUCCCCCAAUACAUCAUACGGCAACUAGGACUAAACAGAGACCCACUACAGGACAUGGUGGCUUUGGAGACUGGUGGUGACAGUGAGGGUCCACACACGCCCGAAGCGGACGACUCUGCUGAGGUGAGCCGCAGGGCUAAGAAGCCUCCCCGUGAGUCAGACUUCCAGACCAUCAAACUCAUCAGUAAUGGGGCAUACGGGGCGGUGUAUCUGGUGCGGCACAAUGAGACGCGUCAACGCUUCGCCAUGAAGAAGAUCAACAAGCAGAACCUGAUACUCAGGAACCAGGUUCAGCAGGCGUUUGUGGAGCGUGACAUCCUCACCUUUGCAGAGAACCCCUUUGUAGUCAGCAUGUUCUGCUCCUUCGAGACGCGGAGGCACCUGUGUAUGGUCAUGGAGUAUGUGGAGGGCGGUGACUGUGCUACCCUGUUGAAGAAUAUCGGUGCGCUGCCGGUGGAGCUGGCGCGUCUGUACUUCGCGGAGACCGUCCUGGCUCUGGAGUACCUCCACAACUAUGGCAUCGUACACAGAGACCUCAAACCAGACAAUCUCCUCAUCACGUCUAUGGGUCAUAUCAAGUUGACUGAUUUCGGGCUGUCCAAGAUGGGUCUGAUGAACCUGACCACUAACCUGUACGAAGGACACGUGGAGAAAGACACACGAGAGUUCCUCGACAAACAGGUGUAUGGAACCCCAGAGUACAUCGCUCCGGAGGUGAUCCUGCGUCAGGGCUACGGGAAGCCGUGUGAUUGGUGGGCUAUGGGCAUCAUCCUGUACGAGUUCCUGAUUGGCUGUGUUCCCUUCUUUGGAGACACACCUGAGGAGCUGUUUGGACAGGUCAUCUCAGAUGACAUCGUGUGGCCGGAUGGAGAGGAUGCUCUUCCAUCUGAUGCCCAGGACCUCAUCUCCUCCCUACUGCAGACCAACCCCCUAACCAGGCUAGCCACAGGGGGUGUGGGUGAGGUGAAGCAGCAUUCCUUUUUCAGUGGUCUGGACUGGAACUCUCUACUGCGUCAGAAGGCGGAAUUCAUACCUCACCUGGAGUCAGAAGAGGACACCAGCUACUUUGACACGCGUUCUGAUCGCUAUCGUCAUGGUAACUGUUAUGAGGAUGAUGAUGCUGCUGAUGAAGAAGCUGUGGAGAUACGACACUUCUCCUCCUGCUCUCCUCGCUUCAGCAGGGUGUACAGCAGCAUGGAGCAGCUGGUGCAGGUGGACCCCAAGGCCCCGGUGGUGCGCCGGGAGCGCAGCGGUCGCCGUGACGAUAGGGGCGUGGCCAAGAGGGAGAGUUUGGGCAGCCUAAUGGGGGGGAGGAGCUGGAGAGCGGCAUCACCUGAAAUUGAGGGUCCACACACGCCCGAAGCGGACGACUCUGCUGAGGUGAAGGCUAAGAAGCCUCCCCGUGAGUCAGACUUCCAGACCAUCAAACUCAUCAGUAAUGGGGCAUACGGGGCGGUGUAUCUGGUGCGGCACAAUGAGACGCGUCAACGCUUCGCCAUGAAGAAGAUCAACAAGCAGAACCUGAUACUCAGGAACCAGGUUCAGCAGGCGUUUGUGGAGCGUGACAUCCUCACCUUUGCAGAGAACCCCUUUGUCGUCAGCAUGUUCUGCUCCUUCGAGACGCGGAGGCACCUGUGUAUGGUCAUGGAGUAUGUGGAGGGCGGUGACUGUGCUACCCUGUUGAAGAACAUCGGUGCGCUGCCGGUGGAGCUGGCGCGUCUGUACUUCGCGGAGACCGUCCUGGCUCUGGAGUACCUCCACAACUACGGCAUCGUACACAGAGACCUCAAACCAGACAAUCUCCUCAUCACGUCUAUGGGUCACAUCAAGUUGACUGAUUUCGGUCUGUCCAAGAUGGGUCUGAUGAACCUGACCACUAACCUGUACGAAGGACACGUGGAGAAAGACACACGAGAGUUCCUCGACAAACAGGUGUAUGGAACCCCAGAGUACAUCGCUCCGGAGGUGAUCCUGCGUCAGGGCUACGGGAAGCCGUGUGAUUGGUGGGCUAUGGGCAUCAUCCUGUACGAGUUCCUGAUUGGCUGCGUUCCCUUCUUUGGAGACACACCUGAGGAGCUGUUUGGACAGGUCAUCUCAGAUGACAUCGUGUGGCCGGAUGGAGAGGAUGCUCUUCCAUCUGAUGCCCAGGACCUCAUCUCCUCCCUACUGCAGACCAACCCCCUAACCAGGCUAGCCACAGGGGGUGUGGGUGAGGUGAAGCAGCAUUCCUUUUUCAGUGGUCUGGACUGGAACUCUCUACUGCGUCAGAAGGCGGAAUUCAUCCCUCACCUGGAGUCAGAAGAGGACACAAGCUACUUUGACACGCGUUCUGAUCGCUAUCGUCAUGGUAACUGUUAUGAGGAUGAUGAUGCUGCUGAUGAAGAAGCUGUGGAGAUACGACACUUCUCCUCCUGCUCUCCUCGCUUCAGCAGGGUGUACAGCAGCAUGGAGCAGCUGGUGCAGGUGGACCCCAAGGCCCCGGUGGUGCGCCGGGAGCGCAGCGGUCGCCGUGACGAUAGGGGCGUGGCCAAGAGGGAGAGUUUGGGCAGCCUAAUGGGGGGGAGGAGCUGGAGAGCGGCAUCACCUGAAAUGAAGCGUCUGUCGUGCUGUGAGUCUCUGUACUUUGGCGAUGGCGACUCAAGCUCCAGCUCCAGUCCUCCUCUUGGGGCCCGCCGGCGCUUCUCAGCCCUGAUGGACAGCGCAGCACAGCGCCUGGCCUCGCCUCUAGAGGCCGACACUGAGCCCCUCUCUAGACACACCACCAGCCUGCAACGCCUGGCCUCACCAGCAGAGAGCGACGCUGAGUGCGCCUCCACAACCAACAUCUCCAGUACCACCACCACCACCACCAGCAGCAGCAGCAGCAGCACUAGCAAAGCUAGCGACUCCACCACCACUAGCACUAGCAGCGUUAGCAUGCGGCCAAAGGGCGUGUCUCUGGAGGGAGGGACCCCGGUCACCACAGCAACCGGCACAGAGGGCGGAGCCAGUGGUCCAGGUGUGCUGUCCAGGGACACGCCCACAGAUGCACUGUCAUCACAGGCAGCCAAUGAACAGCCACCAUCAUCCCUGGUGACCAAUGAACAGCCACCAUCAUCCCUGGUGACCAAUGAACAGCCACCAUCAUCCCUGGUGAUCAAUAACCAGGCUUCUCUGUCGUCACGGGCGACCAAUGACCUGGUCCUGAGGAGAGCUCGGCAACAGAUGAUUGGUUCAGAGGCUGAGCGACGGACCUCCCGUCCCCCUAGCAACAAGGUCAUCAAGUCGGCCUCGGCAACCGCACUCUCAGUCAUGAUCCCAACAAUGGAACAGCAUGCCGGCUCCCCAUUGGCCAGUCCCAUGUCUCCCCGCUCGCUGCCGUCCAAUCCCUCGUCACGUGACUCCUCCCCAUGCCGGGACCUGUGUCCCACGGUGACGCUGCUGCGUCCACCAAUCAGCAUCCAGCGUUCGGGGAAGAGAUAUGGCUUCACGCUGCGCGCCAUACGCGUCUACAUGGGGGACAGUGACGUGUACAGCGUUCACCACAUAGUCUGGCAUGUGGACGAGGGUGGUCCCGCCCAGGAGGCGGGGUUAUGUGCCGGUGACCUCAUCACCCAUGUGAACGGGGAGUCUGUGCACGGAUUGGUCCACACAGAGGUGGUGGAGCUCAUACUGAAGAGUGGCAACAAGGUCACCGUGACGACCACCCCCUUUGAGAACACGUCAAUCAAGAUAGGCCCUGCCCGCCACUCCGCCCAGCAGUCCAAGAUGGCGCGCAGGAGCAAGCGAUCACUGGCCAAGGAGGGGCAGGAGAGUAAGAAGCGUAGUUCCCUGUUCCGUAAGAUUACUAAACAGGCCAACCUUCUUCACACCAGUAGGAGCCUGACAUCCCUCACACGCUCCCUCUCUUCCAGCGAGAGCCUGCCUGCCUCUCCCACACACUCCUCCUCUUCCUCCUCCUCCUCCCCGGUGCCCUCCCAUCACUCCUCCCCUCCUGCCUCCGCAUCCUCCUCUUCAUCAUCCUCAGCAUCAGGACCAUCCUCCUCCUCCUCGUCCUCCUCAGUAGUCCCCCAGGGCCGCCACAUGCGCCCCUCCUCGCUGCACGGCCUGUCCCCCAAGCUCCACCGCCAGAUCCGCUCGUCGCGCUGCAAGUCUGCGGGCAACAUGCCCUUCUCCCCCCUGGCACACACCCCCUCGCCCCCCUCCCCUCCUUCCUCCUCUUCAUCCUCCUCCUCUCCCUGCUCCUCCUCCUCGCCCGUGCUGGGCCGGGCGCGGCCCAAAGCCGGCGAGCCUCCGCGCUCCCCGCUGCUGAAGCGCGUGCAGUCGGCCGAGCGCCUGCUGGGCUCCUCUCCGCUCUCCUCCUCCUCCGGUGCCUCCUCCUCCGGUGUUGGCUCCUCCUCCUCCUCCUCUUCCUCGCCUCCCUCCUCCUCCUCCAUGGGGCUGGGCCUGCUGCUGGGGCUGGGCGGCAGCGGCUCCCCGGGGCCAAUCCGCAAGCACAGCCUGGAGCUGGGCGGUCUGGGGUUGGCCGAGCUGCGCAAGGAGGCGGGGUUUCUGUGCGGCGAGCCGCUGCAGCUGCAGAGCCUUCCGGAGACCGAGGCAGAGACCCUAUUGGCUGAGACCGUGUCCGACAUGCCCAUUUCCCCACAUCCCACGCCCAUCUCGCCCGCCAGGACCACUUCCUCCUUGUAAG